AUGGUCAACCUUUGUCCUGCAAAGAAGACUUCGGUACCAACGAUCAUGAUCGUCAUCAUCGGUACGUGCGCAGGUGCUGUGCUGAUCCUCAUCAUCGCUACUGUACUCUAUCGUCAAAAGUACAUGUGGAUGGAGAAGCUGAAUCGAUUCCGGUCACAUCACGAUGACGAUCACGAGGUGGAGGACGAUGAAAUGAUCGACUACUGGGAACUGUCACCAGAACAGGUCAUCAUUAAAAACGAACAGUUGGGACAUGGUGCUUAUGGGCAAGUGUACAAAGGAAAGCUUAUUGGUCCGUCGCCUGGAAUACUGCGACACCACAAGAACGAAAUAGCGCAGUUCACAGACUGCGACUGUGCGGUUAAAAUGCUACCGAAGUACGCAUCUGACAGCGCUAGAGCAGAAUUUAUGCACGAGAUCGAGUUGGUA